UAAGGCGGGGCCAUUCCUUCGCUGUCCCUCGCCCGCCGCCUGCCCCAGCUCACCUCUCGUCCGGGGACAUGACAGGCACGCCUGGCGCCGCUGCCACCAGGGAUGGCGAGGCUCCCGAGCACUCCCCGCCCUGCAGUCCGAGCUACGAUCUCACGGGCAAGGUGAUGCUUCUGGGAGACUCAGGCGUCGGCAAAACCUGUUUCCUGAUCCAAUUCAAAGAUGGGGCCUUCCUGUCCGGGACCUUCAUAGCCACCGUCGGCAUAGACUUCAGGAACAAGGUGGUGACCGUGGAUGGUGUGAGGGUGAAGCUACAGAUCUGGGACACAGCAGGACAGGAGCGGUUCCGCAGUGUCACCCACGCUUAUUACCGAGACGCCCAGGCCUUGCUCCUGCUGUACGACAUCACCAACAAGUCUUCCUUCGACAACAUCCGGGCCUGGCUCACUGAGAUCCAUGAGUAUGCCCAGAGGGAUGUGGUGAUCAUGCUGCUAGGCAACAAGGCGGAUGUGAGCAGUGAACGAGUGAUCCGUUCGGAGGAUGGAGAGAUGCUGGCCAGGGAGUACGGAGUUCCCUUCAUGGAGACCAGCGCCAAGACAGGCAUGAAUGUGGAGUUAGCCUUUCUGGCCAUUGCCAAGGAGCUGAAAUACAGAGCCGGGCGGCAGGCCAAUGAACCCAGCUUCCAGAUCCGAGACUACGUGGAGUCCCAGAAGAAGCGGCCCGGCUGCUGCUCCUUCUUGUGAAUCCCCAGGGGCUGAGGGGAGGCUCCAGAGGCCCAGGAGGAUGCAGCCUUCUCCCCCAGACCUGGUUUACUCUGAGCAGCUGAGCCAGUGGGGAGAGAACAGGGGGACUCAGUGCACAGCCCCUCCUUCCCAAGAGACAGCUGUACUCCUGCCCUACCUAGUUCCUGUAGCUUCCCUGCGUCCCCAGGGAGGGGAAAAUAUUUAUAUUUCAUUUUAAUGAUACAUAAUUUAAUUUUUUUAAAAAAGGGGGGGUAACAGAAAGCCCAGGUAAAGAUCUGGUGGCCCUUUUGCCGUCUAGUGCUAGGACUUAGGGAGCCAGGCCUCCCUCCUAGCCACCAUGAGGGCAGUAUUGCUCAGUUCAGCCCCAGGGGACCCUGAUGCACUUCUGGGGCGUGUGGGCAGGCAGUGGCUCCAUUCCCACGCUCACUUCAGCCGGAGAGGAGCUGAGCAGACCCCAGCCGUCAUGUCCUCCAGCUUGCCAGGGAACAAUCUUCCCCAGGAAGACAGGGCCCUUGUGCUGGAGUUAGACCAAAGCCUCAGGGGAGAUAAGAGAUGUGGAGAUUGGGCAGGGACCCAGCUCCCUGGGAGGGGGAGAGAGGAGUAGCAGAGAUUAGGUCUGCUUGGCUACCUCUGGCCUUACCAGCCCCCUUGGGGAGGUGUACCCUUUCCCUCCAGCCCACAAGCAACUGGAAACAUUUAGUUCCUGUUCUCUGGAUCUCAGAUCCCAUGGAAGCCCCUCCUCCCUGAAUCCCUGGUCUUAACUACCUUUCUGCUUGUGCCCCUCGACACCUAAGGUCACAGCUAGGAAAAGAUUGGUCUUCUGUCCCAACCCUUUGGCAGGUAUGCAGCCCCCAGGCUACUUCUUCAAGCAGCUGUCGUGCUUCUACUGGAUAAAGAGCCACACAAAGAGAAACCCCGACCCCUGGAACAGGUGGGAGGCAGAAUUGAGCAAACCUCACCCCACGUGGAUCCCCCUAAAUCCAAGCACUGCCUCCUCCCUGAAGCCCACGCCCGUUUCUUCUCAGACAGACACCAGGGCCAAAACUGCUUUAUCUCCCCUUCUACUGAGCCAGGUGAGGGAGUGGGAGGUCAUCCAUUUCUGGUAAACCAACGUGAUGUGUGCAAAACAAGGUCAUGUGGGUAAGACUGGGGUGCGGAGAGGGGCAGCAAGGAGUUCCUGUGAGCGAAGGUCAUAUCUCUCCGAAAGCCCUGACCCCAGCAACCAGAAGGGGACUGGAUCCAUGAAGGUCACGACCUACAGCACCUUACUCCUGCUCUCCAGGCCAGCUGCCAGGGAGAGGCACCUUUGUUCCAGCUCUCCAGGCCAGGGGCGGGGGAGAGGGUUGAGAAAGAGGUGUGCAUAUUUCCAAGGCUACUGCAUUUGCUUCCAAGGCAGAAAUCUUGCUCUCUGAGCAGAGUCAGCAGCUCCAACUUGGGCCAGAUAAGGAAGCUCUUCGGGGCCUCUCCCAGGCAGAGCAGGGAGGAGCGUGACUUUGCUGGGCUCUUCUGGGGCCCAAGGCAGGUCACAGGCGAUCCAAUCACGUAGGCUGCUCUGGGCCUCUAGCAUUUGUGUUUUUCGGAAUUAAAUUGCAGUGUUUCGGAAAGUA